UGGGGCUGGUAAGACAACCUUGCUCAAUGCACUCACCGGUAGAAAUAUGGGUAAAAUGUCGGUCACCGGAGAUGUGCUGAUAAACGGACGGCCGGUAAACGGGCGGACACUGGCCUCCAUCUCGUCGUAUAUCCAACAAAACGAUUUGUUUCAUCCGUUGCUUACCGUUAGAGAGCAUCUCAUGAUUAAUUUAAACUUGGUCAAAUGUUCUGAAAGCAGAAUUGGUGGACAUCUGGUUAAAGGCAUUUCUGGGGGUGAAAUGAAACGUAACAGUAAACGUAGUCUCCAAACUCACAUAAACGAUGAGCCGACGAGUGGUUUGGACUCAUUUAUGGCCGAAAGUAUUGUACGGCUAUUGAAGGCCAUGGCCUGUGAGGGCCGGACUAUUGUCUGUACUAUACAUCAGCCGUCGUCUCAAGUGUUUGCACUUUUCGAUCACUUAUUACUGAUGACCGACGGAAGGGUUGCUUUCAUGGGAACCAAUGAUGAUGCUAAAAAAUUCUUUACAUCACACGGUUAUAUUUGCCCGCAAAACUACAACCUUAGUGAUUAUUAUAUGAACCAAUUGGGCAAGUAUGACAACAUAGUUCACGGCAUUAACGUAAGAUUAUGCGAUAAAUUCCUUGACUCGGAAUACAGUGAAGCUAUACUAUCAGAGAUCGCUGAAGCAGAUAAUCGUGGUCAUAAUUAUACAUCUAAUAAUUAUGAACAUAAAGAGGAUAAAAGACCAGGUUUAUGGCUACAAUUUACCACGCUUAUGACACGAUCACAAUAUUUCACAUCCACUGAUGUCGAUAACAUUAAUGGUAUUCUAUUUCUGAUCGUACAAAACAAUAUAGUGCUUAACACUCUAAUGUUUGUUAACAUAUUUUGCAGUGGCACAGCUAUCUUUUUGCGCGAACACCAUAACCAUAUGUAUUCGGUGAUUACGUACUACAUGUCUCAAAUAUGUAUUAGGAUUCCCGUAUCGAUGGUUAUUUCAAUGGUUUUCAUAUCAAUUGUGUAUUUCAUGGCCGGUUUGAAUUCCGAUUCCGAGGCGUUUGCCAUUUGUGUUGGAAAUAAUAUGUUAUUACUUAUUGCCGGCGGGGCCCUAGGCUGCCUUAUAUCUUCCAUCGUGCCCAAUGCGCAAAUGGCCAUGAUAAUUGUGCCACCAAUCAAUUUAACAAUGACACUUUUUGGCGGAUUAUUCAUUAAUUCAGGUUCAAUUCCCCAUUGGUUAAUAUGGAUGAAAUAUCUAGCUAUUAAUCAUUACGGUUACGAAACUUUUAUGGUCAGCCAAUGGCGAGGCAUUGAUUAUAUACCAUGCUACAAUAAUAGCGAAUCGGUGGGACACUGUUUUAGCAAUGGUUCGAGCGUGAUCAUUGCACAGGGUUUCCAUGAAAGUGAUAUCCAUUGGGAUUCAAUGGUGUUAAUAGGGAUGACAAUUGUCUAUUUAACACUUGGUUACAUUGGAAUGUUGCGCAAAAGUAAACAAGAGCAA